CCUGGUCGGACCAUGACCCCGUCGUUGGCCCAUCAUGGGCUCUACGCUCGAUGCCAACUCCAGUGCCGUGCGCAAACGCAUCGAAAAUCAUCACUUCGAAGAUGAGGAAGGCGAAGAAUAUGGCGCGUCCGCCUUUGGUGGGUUCAGCGACUAUAUGCGCCGGAAGAAGAUCAAGCUGCAGAACCUAGAUGCGGAGAUACGCUCGUCGGCCGCCGAUUGCCCUCCCAUCUUUCGAGGAGUGGUAGCCCAUGUCAACGGCUAUACCCAACCCUCAUUGCAAGAUCUACACCGCCUCAUCGUAAGCCAUGGAGGGGGGUUCCUUCAGUAUCUUGAUGGCAAGACAGCAGCGACCCAUAUCAUUGCCAGCUCGCUCACGCCCAAGAAACGAGAGGAAUUUCGAAGAUAUCGCAUUGUCAAGCCCGCCUGGAUAGUGGAAAGCGUGAAGGCCGGACGCAUGCUUCCCUGGGACGCUUUCAGGGUCGUCGACGAGGGACAAUCCCAGAAAGUUCUUAAGUUCGAUAGUGGCCAUUUUACUAGUCAGACAAACAGCCCGCAAUCCGGCUACAAAGACCAGACUAACUCCAGCUGGUAUACGGAACAGCUCAAAUCCUCGGCGAACGCCAAUUCGUCGGGAUUGAAGCCGCUUUCACCUGGAUCUCCCACGCCUUCUCAUGUGCUCAGUCAAUCCAUAAAAGAAUCGCAGUCGGAUUACGGUGACUUUCCCAGUUUCGCCUCCCUUGACGAGCCCACCGAAAAUACGUCCCUUCGUAAAACCCAUGAACUUGCCAACACGGUGGAUAGCUUAGAAACCGAUGCAACUGCACAGAAUUCCAUAGCUCCUCGUUCGCCACCUCCCCCCGAUAAUGAUCAAAGCAAUGUUACCCCUUCGCGAGCUGUUCCGAGGUCGAACAUGACCUCCGAAGAAUACAACGCCCAGCUUCUGUCAGAUGAGCGCAUGAAAAGCUCGAGUGUUGUGAAUCCCGAGUUUCUCCAGCAGUACUACAAAGAAUCUCGUCUGCACCAUCUUUCCACAUGGAAAGCUGAGUUGAAAGCCCAACUUCAGUCGGCGGCGAAAGAGAAGUCACAAUCACGAGUCGGACAGCGAAGGCAUGCCCCUGGGGCAAGAAGGUAUAUCAUGCACGUGGAUUUCGAUUGCUUCUUUGCCGCGGUUUCCACGCUUCAACAUCCGGAGUUUGAAGGGAAACCAGUUGCCGUAGCGCAUGGCAGCGGCUCGGGCUCGGAGAUUGCAAGUUGUAAUUAUGCCGCCCGAGCACACGGGGUCAAGAACGGCAUGUGGAUGAAGGGCGCCUUGCAAUCUUGUCCUGACCUCAAAGUUGUGCCAUAUGACUUUCCUGCAUACGAAGAAGCAAGCCGAAAAUUUUAUAGUGCCAUUCUCGCGAUCGACGGCAUAGUUCAAAGCGUCAGUAUUGAUGAGGCCUUGGUAGAUAUCACUUCGCAAUGUCUGGAGACUGGCGGGACCGAUGGGAAGGGCGUGUCUGAGGGCUCUAUCUAUCGCGAACAAGCCAAGGCCGAAGAAAUCGCUCAAGUCUUGCGAAUCUCCAUCAAAGAUCAAACUGGCUGUGCAGUUUCUGUUGGAAUCGGCGGCAACAUCCUGCAGGCAAAAGUUGCUCUACGCAAGGCCAAGCCGGCUGGACAAUUCCAACUCAAACCCGACGCUGUCCUCGACUUCAUUGGAAAUCUUCCCGUCCAAAAUCUUCCAGGUGUUGGGUAUAGCUUGGGGACCAAGCUAGAGGAGAUCGGUGUCAAAUUCGUCAAGGACAUCAACGAUCUGUCUCGCGAAAGGCUUACUUCUACUCUGGGGCCCAAGACGGGAAUCAAGAUGUGGGAGUAUGCUCGAGGUAUCGAUCGCACAGAAGUUGGGAAUGAAGUGAUGCGAAAGUCGGUGUCUGCGGAAGUCAACUGGGGGAUCCGAUUCGUUAACCAAACCCAAGCCGAGGAUUUCGUCACUUCGCUGUGUGGUGAACUACAUCGAAGGCUUGUCGAGAAUCUAGUGAAGGGCAAACAAUUGACUCUGAAGGUCAUGCGACGAUCAGCAGAUGCCCCACUGGAGCCCGUCAAGCAUCUGGGCCAUGGGAAGUGUGACGUCUUCAACAAGAGUAUCGUGCUUGGAAUAGCCACGAAUGAAGCCGAAGUCCUCGCCAAAGAAGCCAAUUCUAUGCUCCGAGGCUUCGGGGUCUCGCCGGGCGAUCUACGUGGCUUGGGGGUUCAAAUGACCAAACUUGAACCUCUUUCCUCAAGCACAAGUGGGCGGCUUGAAAGCAGCCAGAAGCGACUCACUUUCAAGGCUUCUCCCGUUCGCAAACCCAUGGAACAAAGUAUUGAUCCAGACAACUUGAAUAGCCCUCGCAAAGGAGAUUCCGAAUCAGUUUCCCAUGGGCCUUCAUUGAACGACAGUGCUCACAAGCCUCUCAACAUUUCGGGUAGCCAGUUUAUCAUGCCAUCUCAGCCGGACCCAAAGGUGGUUGCAGAGCUUCCGAAUGAUAUCCGGUCCAAACUUGUAGCGCAAGGCAAGCGUCGACGGGAUUCUCGGUCUGUCUCCCCGUCUCCAAUCAGUCGCCAGGCGCCUCGGCAACAACCUCAAUCAGCUGCUACAGAGCUUCCUCCUCAGUCCCAACUUGACCCGGAGACUCUAGCGGCACUCCCAGAAGAUGUUCGAGCUGAGGUACUGGGCUACUACAAUCCACCGUCAGAGAAUUCAGACGUUCAAUAUGCACCAGCCCCUGUGGAACCUUCGCGUCCGUCCUCCUCCGGGUCGUUGAAGUUUAAGAAACCCACGACACCGAUCAAAAAACGACGCGGUCGUCCGAGUUUAAAGCCGUCCGAUAAUCUCAUGCAGUCGAAAUUCCUUUUCCCUAAAGCUACGACGUCUAAUCGCCCUGAUAUAUCAGUCUCUCAGCAGCUAUCCCCUUCGGAGGACACAGAAGAAGUGUCGGCCGAAUUCCUUGCAGCGCUCCCUGAAGACAUCCGUCGUGAAGUGCUUGAGGAGCACCGACGAGCUCGCAUGCUACAACGCUCGACCAACGGUUCUACAGCAGUUCCCAGGGCAGCUCCAGCCAGAAACCUCUCGGCUCCUAUCCCUCAGACACAGGAGCCGCGACUUCAACUUCCCCCUCUCCCAGAACGACCCACCUUCACCUCGCUGAAGCUGUCCAGUUUACCAGACCUCCGUGAGACAGUCGACUCCUGGCACGCCGCCUUUGCUGAAGACGGCCCAUUUGAUGAAGACGUAAACGCUCUCUCGGGGUACUUAAAGCGAGUCGUUGCCGACGAGAAGGACAUCGACAAAGCCGUCUCCGUGGUUAAAUGGCUCAUGUGGCUCGUCGAUGAUGCGAAGGGAAAUCUAUCCCGAUCAUCUGACACAUCUUCUCUUCCAGGGCCGAGUGGAAGCUCCCAGAACGUUGUUCCGUGGGAUGAUGCCGUGCGAUCUCUUCAGCAGAGCAUUCAGGAUGGGUUAGAGGAACGGGAUCUGCCUCCUUUUGAAUUUUCUUGA